AUGGCGGAUGACAAUGAGGAACACGAGGGCGCCUCCGUCAAGGAGCUCCUGAUCGAGGCCUGCCGCCGCAACAACACCGACCUCUUCAAUGAGGUUGUUGCCGACAUCAAGGACGAGGACGAACUCUCCCGCAUCCUCAACGAGACCACGACCGUCAUGGGAAACCACCUGUACCACGAAGCUGCCUCGCGAGGAAACUAUGAGAUAAUCGACCUCCUCCUGGAUCAACCAAACUUCGAAUGCGACCCCGUCAACCGCCUUGAGGGUGACACGCCGCUGCACACCGCCAUCCGCUGGAUAAACUCGGAACCCCCUGCCCAGCGCGAGUUCGGCAACGCCCUCGUCGACAUGAUGCUCGAGGCCGGCUCCAACCCGCGCGUCAAGAACAAGGGCGGCCUUACCGCCAUCCAGCUUGUCGACCCCCGCAACACGGCCCUCCGCGAGCUCAUCCAGAAGCACGAGUACGCCGCGCUUAAUGCUGGUGACUUCAUCAACGUCGAGUCGUCCGCCCCCAAGAACAAGGCCCCUCCUGUUCCCCAACAGCAGCAGCAGGUUGUGCCUGACGAUGAGAGUGGCGAAGAUGCCGAGUUCAGCGGCAGUGAUGACGAGGAAAGGGCCGAGUGGGAGCGGAGACGGCAGGAGAGGGCCGCCAGGAGGGGUUGA